AUGCGAGCGCCGACGAUCGACGAACGCGUCGCGCGAUGCGUCGAGUGCGUGGAAACGGGCGACGACGACGCGGAGGCGAGGUAUGAGUUUUGUUACGCCGUGAUGCGCGAGCGAGGGGCGAGACAUUGCUCGAGGGAGGCGGCGACGGCGUGUUGGCGGGAGACGUUCGCGCGGGAGCGAGACGCGACGACGCGAGACGCGAUGGACGACGGCGAGGGAGGCGCGCGCGCGAACGCGAACGAUGUGGUGGAUGCGUUCGUGUCGUACGUGCGCGAUCGACGCGAUGUGACGGUGAUCACCGCGGACGCGUGGUCGCAGGCGUAUCAAUUCGUGAGACGCGCGCGAGCGCUCGGCGGCGAUUUGCGAUGGUACGACGAAAACGAGGCGUGGCCGAGUUUGUUCGAUGAGUUCGUGGAGUGCGCGCGAGAGGCGAUGGGGUCGGCGGCGAUGCGCGCGGAGACGACGGCGUCGGGACGCGGGGACGACGCGCGGCGCGUCGACGCGUUUUCGUCGAUGGCGUUCGCUUCGGCGACGGAGAGUCGUAAACGCCGCGUCGAGCACGUCGCCGAGGCGCGGGCGAACGUCGUCGGUCUCACUCGAGAAUUCGAGCGCGAGCUCGCGGUCGGUGGACGCGCGCCCAAGCGCGUGUGCUCGGACAUGGAUUUAGGACCCGAGUGA